GCGAUGUAGGAAUUUCAAUAGAGUCAGCAGGUGAAAGAAAACUUUAGUGUUGGGCCUAAAGAUUUUUAGUAGGCACGAAUUAGGAUAUAGGGUACUUGGUGCAAAAUCAUUUUUCCUUUUUUAUAUUCACUAGUGUAAAAACGUCAAAUAGAGGCGCUUCGUUUGAGUCGUUUUUCAGUACAAGCGCCUCAAUAAGGCGGUUAUUUUUUUAUUUUAUUUUUUUUCGAAAGCGUGCGGCGCUUAUAGGCAAAAACGCCUCCAUUAAUUUCCGAUUUUUUUUUAAAAUCGUACAGAAACGCUGUUCGAUGCGUGCGGCGCUUUUCUUUAAGCAGCGCCUCUAAUAUUAACCCUAACCUAUUCGAUCGACACCAGGCCAGGCGCGGAUUUGAUGACCAAAUCCCUAGCUUAAGCUUCAACGUUCGAUAGCAGCCGCACCAACCAGAGGAAAUCUGCUACCGCCGCCGGGUGUCCGUGCCUCUGCUGCCGCUGAAGCUGCUGCAUUUCUGCCGCCGUACGCUUGCCGUCGUCGUCUUCUUCUCCGGCCCUGGUCUUUCGGCUGCAAAAUCUGUGGAACGCCGUUGACGGCUCUGGCUCGCCGAGGACUGCUCCGGCUCGCCGUGGACUGCUCCGGCCCGCCGUCGACUGCUUCGGCUCGUCGUGGACUGCUCCGGAUCCGGCCCGCCGUGAACUGCUCCGUGGGGUUUGGUGCUUCAUACGCACUCAGAUAAGCAGAAAGGAAGAGAGUAGAGUGAAUUGGUUUCAGCUACAGGAAGAAAUGGAUCUGAAAGAAGCAAUGCCACAGGACACUACAUCACUGGAGAAACGGCCAGGAGUCCUCCUUGUUGGAUCUCCUGACGUUGGAAAACGUACCCUUGUCUCUCGGUUGCUCUCAAUAGAUCUGGAAGACACUACUGAUACAACAUCUGGUUUGCUUGCGUUUGGGUGGUCAAUCAACACAAAAUACUACACUGCUGAUGUUACUGUUUGGUUGGCCAAUCUCCGUAAAAAGUUUUCAGCCCGGUCUCUUCCAAUAUUUGAUCAGUUGGCUGCGUUGGUGAUGGUUUUUGAUAUAAGUAAUGUUUCAUCUUUUAUUGAACUUAAAGAUUGGGUGUCUCACACGGAUAUUCAGAAGUUUGAUAUUUUGUUAUGCAUUGGCAACAAAGUGGAUCUUCUUCCUGGUCAUUCAGGCCACGUUGAGUAUAGACGCCGGCUGCUGAAAUAUGCAGAAUCUUCUGGUAGUUCAUACACUGAAAUAUUUAACUCUGGCAUUGCUGAGACAGAAGGGAGUAAUCUAUUGGGAGGUGAAGAUGAAUCCUCACUGGGGAUUAAGAAAGCCUGCAUGGAAUGGUGCAGUCAACACAACAUUGAAUAUGUUGAAGCAUGUGCAUCGAAUGUUGAUUUUGACAAGUGCUUAUCUGUUGAUGGUGAUUCUCAGGGUGUCGAGCGACUUGAAGGGGCACUAUCUGCAUAUAUGUGGCCUGGAAUGGUACUAAAGUCUGGUGAUAAAAUAUAUGAACCUUCAUUACCCCAAGAUCAAGACGUGUCAGAUGAAGAAUCUGAAUAUGAACUGGAAUAUGAAAUCCUAUCCGCUGGUUCUGCGGAUCCAUGGGACGAUGCAGUUGAAGGCUGGGUAUCUGCAGAUGGUCCUGUUGCAACCACAGAAUCUAGCAAGCAAAAGGAGAGUGGUUGUGAAGACGGCAAUAGUAGUGAAAUGAAUCUCAUCAUUGGAGACAACGAGCUUCCAAAACCAGAACAAUCUCGCCUGCAGGGAAUGGUUGGAGAAGUAGAAUUGGGAAAAGAUGAAACUGAUAACGGCACAACAACAUACAAAUUUGAGGAUUUGGAGCAGCUAAUGGGUGAGAUAGGGAACAUGCGGGAUAGUUUGAGGUUGAUGCCAGAUUUUCAGAGGAGGGAGAUGGCAGCAAAUCUGGCCAUGAAAAUGGCAUCCAUGUUUGGGGAUAGCAGUGGAGAUGAAGAAGGGUUGGACUGAUUUAGACUGUUCUUGUACACAUUUGUUAUUUAAUAAUGUAUGUAAUACUAAAUAUCUCAUGUUUUCUUUUUCCCUUUCCUGUGCCACUUACUAUGUUUAAUAGCUGUAUCGGGGAGACUGAUACUAUGACUAAUGAAAAUGGCAUCCAUGUCUGUGGUUAAUGUCCGAAUUAGUUGGAGUUGUCAUUAAAUUAAACAUUAGGUUUUGGUCUAUGUUGUAAAAAGUCUAAAAAUAUGGU